AUGGCCACCGAAAUUGAAAUUUUGGAGAUUCUUAAAAAACAGGAUAUUAAUGGAAAUUAUAAUAUUAUUCCAAUGAUUGAAUCCUUUACUUUUCGUGAUCAUAAAUGUAUUACUUUUAAAUUACUUAGCAUGAAUCUUUAUGAAUUACUAAAGAAAAAUAAAUUUGAAGGUUUUCGUUUAACUCUUGUUCGAAAAUUUGCCCUUUCAAUUCUUCAAUGUUUAAAAUUAUUAUAUUCAAAUAAAAUAAUACAUACAGAUUUAAAACCAGAAAAUAUUUUAUUAGAAACACCAACAAAUUGUUCAAUAAAAAUUGCAGACUUUGGAUGUGCUUUUUAUGAAGGACAACCAUUUUAUAAUUAUUUUCAAUCAAGACAUUAUCGAGCACCUGAAGUAAUUCUUGGAGGAAAAAUUGGAAUGGCAUUAGAUAUGUGGUCUUUUGGUUGUAUUUUGGCUGAAUUAUUAACUGGGCGUGUACUUUUUCCUGGUAAUAAUGAAGGAGAUCAAUUAGCUUUAAUAAUUGAAUUGUUGGGAAUUCCGGAUGAAAAAUUUUUAGGAAAAGUUAAACGAAAAAAAGAAUUUUUUAAUUCUGAAGGAAAUCCACUAUAUUGUGAGGAGAAAAUAAUUGAAGAAAAAACGAUUUUAAAAGGAGGUGAAAAGGGGAACUUAAGAGGUCCUCCAGGAUCGAGAACUAUGCAAGAUGCUUUAAAGAAUAAAGGAAAUGAAUUCUUUUUAGAUUUUUUAAAGCUUUGUUUGGUUUGGAAUCCGGAAACACGUUUAACACCAAUUCAGGCAUCUAGACAUCCUUGGUUAUGUAAAUAG